AGCCACACACACACACACACGCGCGCGCUGCUUCUCUUCCCUCUCGCAGUCUCGCAGACUCAGUCUCACACGCGGCUCGCUCUGCCACAGAUCAGCAAGCACCGCGCGGGAAAUUACCUGAAUGGAGCGUGAACCCUCGCCGUCCGAAUUCCUCCCCGCCGUCUGAACUGGAGUACACCCCCCAGCCCCCCCCCACACAGUGUAGCUGCGAAACACAGCCCAGCAAAAGAGCACUGAAACCCCCCGCGGUGUUUUUUUCCGUCGGCAUGCCGUCUCUGUGGGAGGCCUCCUCCUCCUCCUCCUCUUCCUCGUUUCGGAGAUGCCAGUGAACCCGCUGUCUCGCUGCAGACACUGAACCAUGGGGAACGUGGAGAGCCAGAAUGGGGACCACGCUUUUUACGGCGACGGCCAGAGCCACCUGUCCCGCAAGCACACGUCCCGCUCGCUGCGGGCCCCCCGGAAGCAGUCCCGCCGCGGGCGGCACGCCUCCUCCGGCAAGCCGGAGCACCGAAACUCGGAGACCAGCACCCGGUCCAGCAGCACCCCCAGCAUCCCCCAGGCCCUGGCCGAGAACGGGCUGGAGCCCUUCGACGGGACGGCCGUCAUCUGGGUGGACAGCGUGGCCCUGGACCUGCGGCCCGGCCCGUUCCGCGACGGGGCCGGCGACGCCGACGGGGCGCUGAUGCUAGCCCUGGGCCCCGGCGAGGGGGGCGACGGGGGCCCCGAGGGGGCGGGGGGGUUUCCGGAGGACGCCCCCUACCUCCAGAGGAUGAGCGACGGGCCGCCGCGGAACGGGUCCGGAAGCUUCCAGAAGAAGCGCUCGAAGUCGGCGGACACCUGGGGCGAGGACAGCCUGGAGUUCUCGCUGUCGGACCUGAGCCAGGAGCACCUGACCAGCACCGAGGAGAUCGCCGACACCGCCGACGAGCGCGACUUCCCCGACGACGACGGCGACGCCCACGCCGCCACGCCCGACUCCAGCGGCCCCGCGCUGGCCCCCGCCGACCGGGCCGGCUCCCUGGACCGGCUGUGCGCCCAGAAGAGCCCCGCCCACAAGCAGCCGCGGAACCGCUACGCCAAGUACGGCGGCCGGGAGGGGGGCCGGGUCGCCGGGGGCGACCGCGACGGCGCGAUGUCCCCAACGGAGGACGACGGGAACGGCUACGGGGCCUACACCCUGCCCUGCCGCCGCUCGCACUGCCUGUCCGAGGGUCUUCCCAGCCAGCAGGUGGCGCCGUGUGCUGGAAUGCAGGGCCGCAGGGCACAGACCACUCAUGACGUGACGGAGGACAGCGAGUACGGCGACAGCGGGAUCGACGGCGUGGGGGCGGAGCCGUCGCGGCAGUCGCGGCGCUGCAAGGCCAUGUCGGCGUCCUUCUCCGUGUACUCAGCGGCCGGCAGCAGCCUGUUCGCCGGCAGCGACAGCGGCAGCAGCAGCGGCGGCGUAGGGGGCGGGGCCUGCGUCUACGAGAACUUCCGCCAGGAGCUGGAGAUGAGCUCCUACGGCGGCAGCGACGGCGGCGGCGGGGGCGGCGGCGGCGGCAGCAGGGCGGGGGAGGGGCUUGAGGAGGCGGGGUCGGCCGGCAGCGACGAGCGGAGCACCGCCACGGCCAGCUCCGCCUGCCGCUCGGACGCCCUGCUGGACCCCGCCCACGGCACCGUGCGCAAGGCCGGCGAGCUCGCCGUCAAGAACUUCCUGGUGCACAAGAAGGGGAAGAAGGUGGAGCCCGCCGCCCGCCGGAAGUGGAAGCGCUACUGGGUCUCCCUGAAAGGGUGCACCCUGUUCUUCUACGAGACGGACGGGCGCUCGGGGAUCGAUCAGAACAGCGUCCCCAAACACGCGGUGUGGGCGGAGAACAGCAUCGUGCAGGCCGUCCCCGAGCACCCCAAAAAGGACUUUGUGUUCUGCCUCAGCAACUCCCUGGGGGACGCCUUCCUCUUCCAGACGUCCAGCCAGACGGAGCUGGAGAACUGGAUCACGGCGCUCCACUCGGCCUGCGCGGCGGCCGUCGCCCGGCAACAUCACCGCGACGACACGGUGCGCCUGCUGCGCUCGGAGGUCAAGCGGCUGGAGAAGAGGAUGGACAUGGACGAGAAGAUGAAGAAGAUGGGCGAGAUGCAGCUGUCUGCCGUCACCGACGCCAAGAAGAGGAAGACCAUCCUGGAGCAGAUCUUCCUGUGGGAGCAGAACCUGGAGCAGUUCCACAUGGACUGGUUCCGCUUCCGCUGUUACCUGGCCAGCCUGCAGGGCGGCGAGCUGCCCAACCCCAAACGCCUCCUGGCCUUCGCCUCCCGCCCCACCAAGCUGGCCAUGGGCCGGCUGGGCAUCUUCUCCGUCUCCUCCUUCCACGCGCUGGUGGCGGCGCGGACGGAGAGCGGGGUGAGGCGGCGGACGCAGGCCAUGUCCCGCUCCUCCAGCAAGCGCAAGAGCCGCUUCUCCUCCCUGUGGGGGCUGGACACGGCCUCCAAAAAGAAGACCAAGGGCCGGCCCAGCAUCAACCAGGUGUUUGCUGACGGUGAGGAUCCGGUGCGGAAGGUUCUGGAUGGCAUGCUGGAGGACAGCCCCAACGCCAGCCUGACGGAGGAGGGCGGGUCGGUGAAAAGCAUCCCCCACCACAACGCAGACAGCGACAUCUGGGUUCCUGACUACCUCACUCCUUCCUGGGUGUGUCUGCCCGACGACAAGCCGGUGCUGUCCAUCAUCCAGCCCGGCGAGACCGCCCUCGACGUCCUGGAGGGCAUCUGCAAGGCUUACAACCUGGAUCCCAGGAAGCACUACCUGUGCCUGAAAUUUCGGACGGAAAACCAAGUGCAGCAUUACAUCCCCAAGCUGGAGGAGGAGGUGUGCGACCUGCUGUACAAGGAGAUCGAAGUUUGCGCCAAAGCCACCAAGCUCAUCCACUUUGACCGCGACGAGUCCUGUACCAUCGGCUACGGUUUCUCUGUCGCCGUGGUGGAGGAGGACGGGGUGCAGCAGCUGCACGUGUCUGACGUGAAGAGCGGGGGGGUGGCCUGCGCCAAAGGUCUGAAGGCGGGAGACGAGAUCCUGCAGCUGAACGGGAAGGCCGCCAGCGUUCUGAACGUGUCGGACAUGCGGGCGGCAUUCUCCCAGGAUUCCCUGUGCCUGUGCGUCAGCACGGUGCCCGAGGUGGACCCUCAGCGGCUCUGCCAGCUGCCCCCGCGUCGGUCCGAUGGGGCGGAAGACCUCUGCACCGACAUCUUCUCCCAAAACCAGGAGGACAUAUUGGACGACGGGACGCCCCUCAGACUGCCGAGCCCCGGGGACAGCCCGGACGACGAGGCCGAGCCCGGCGACGACGCCACGGACGGGGCAAAGAUCUUGGAGCAGGUUUCGGGGUUCAGUCGGGGCCUGCAGGAGAUGAGCCCCUCGGACAGCUCAUCCCCCGUCAGCCCGGACUCCCCCGGACCCCCCCUGGCCACCACCCCCCGCCAGCUCUCUGACGCCGACAAGCUGCGCAAGGUCAUCAGCGAGCUGGUGGAGACGGAGCGCCCUACGUCAAAGUGAGACCUGAACUGCCUCAUCGCCAGGUACCUGACCCCCCUGCAGAAGGAGAGCUUCCUCACUCAGGACGAGCUGGACGUGCUCUUCGGGAACUUGGCCGAGAUGGUGGAAUUCCAGGUGGAGUUUCUCAAGACUCUGGAAGACGGGACGCGGCUGGUCCCGGACCUGGAGGCGCUGGAGAGGGUGGACCAGUUUAAGAAAGUCCUGUUCUCUCUGGGCGGCUCUUUCCUGUACUACGCCGACCGCUUCAAGAUCUACAGUGCCUUCUGUGCCAGUCACACGAAAGUCCCCAAAGUCCUCGUAAAAGCUAAGACGGACCCCGACUUCAAGGCCUUUCUGGACGUGCGGAACCCCCGACGGCAGCAUUCCUACGCGCUGGAGUCCUACCUGAUCAAGCCCAUCCAGAGAGUGCUGAAGUACCCCUUACUGCUGAGGGAGCUGCACUCCCUCACCAACCCCGACAGCGAGGAGCACUACCACCUCAACGUCGCCAUGAAUGCCAUGAACAAGGUGGCGAGCCACAUCAACGAGAUGCAGAAGAUCCACGAGGAGUACGGCGGCGUCUUCGACCAGCUCAUCGCCGAGCAGACGGGCGACAAGAAAGAGGUAGCCGACCUGUCGAUGGGAGACCUGCUCCUGCACACCAGCGUGGCCUGGAUCAACCCCCCCUCCUCGCUGGCCAAGGGGAAGAGGGACCCCGAGCUGGCCGCUUUCGUCUUCAAAACUGCUGUCGUGUUUGUGUACAAAGACUGCUCCAAGCACAAGAAGAAAAUAGGCGGAUCGCACCGGGCGUCAGUGGUCGAGGAGAGGGACCCCUUCCGGUUCCGCCACAUGAUCCCCACCAACGCCCUGCAAGUCCGCGCUCUAGGAAGUACGGAUUCGGAAGGCACGGCCAUGUGCGAGCUCGUUCACGUCAGGUCCGAGUCGGAGGGGCGGCCCGAGAGGACGUUCCACCUGUGCUGCAGUUCCCCGGAGAGUAAGAAGGACUUCCUGCGGGCCGUGCACUCCAUCCUGAGAGACAAACAGCGCAGGCAGCUCCUCAAGACCGAGAGCCUGCCCCCGAACCAGCAGUAUGUCCCCUUCGGGGGCAAGAGGCUCUGCGCCCUGAAGGGAGCCAGGCCCAACAUGAACAGAGCAGCCACCACCCCGCCCUCUCGGACCCUGGGCCGGAAAACGCUGGUCCGUAACCGCUUCACCAUCGACACCGACAUCGUCUUCCACGGCAGCCCUGCCAGGGACACGCCCCCGCGGCUGGCCACGCCCCCGCCCCGGUCCCCGCCCCCUCCCCGGCAGCACGCCGCCGCGCCCGGCGGGGACACGGACCGCUGGGUGGAGGAGCAGUUCGACCUGGGUCGCUACGACGACCAGGACGACGUCAAGGAGACGGACAUCCUCAGCGACGACGACGAGUACUGCGAGUCCCUGCGGGGCCCCUCGGCCGAGCCCGGGCUGGAGGCCCCCGUGGGGGCCCUGUCCCUGGAGGCGGGGCGGGAGGACGAAGGGGGCGGGGCCCAGGGACACGGCCAUGGCCACGCCCUCAAGCUGUCCCACCUGCGGAAGCAGUGCGCCGUGGAAGGGGCGGUGGUGGCGGACGGGGAGGUCGUUUGGGUGCGGCGGGACGAUUUUGUGGUCUCCCGUGGCGAAGACGUCUUCUGAAACGCAGCGGGGGGGGGGGGUGCCGCGAAGCUGAUGGACACCGCGCGCCUCGUUUAACGAACCUCCUGACGAGCUUCACACGCGAGAGACUCGCGUCACGUCACGGGACAUCCCGACCCCCCCACCCACCCUCGCCCCCAAAUCUCCCAUGAUGCUUUGGCAAUCGCGUUCCUUUCCGAAGCGAAAGACGCUUUGGAGCAAAAUGCACUCUGCUCUGUUCGGAUGGAGCAUGGAGAGACCCAGAGCUCAAGCACUGUAAACCAUUACAUCAUCUCCAUUCACCUCGGAGCAAUACAACCCCCCCCCUCUCCAUCCCCUCACCACCAUCGCCCCACCUGCUCAUGCACCAAUAUGAGGCUCUGAAAGAGCGACCUCCUCAUACAAUCACGUCAUCCAAUCACGCGUUCGGCUGGGCAAGCUUUGCACAUGAACUCAGGCAGCUACGUAUCCUGGACUGCAAUUUGUUCUCCCCCGCAGCAACCUCACCCCCCCCCCCCCCCCACCCCGCCAACCCCCUCCCCGCAAAUUUUAUAUUUUUACAUUUUCGGAAUGUGGGUAUUCUUACCUCUUUCGGAUGGUGGAGAGACGAUUUCUGUGUCAUGCUCAAGGGCUGCGUUAUUUAUUCUGUCCUGUAGGGGGCUCUCUGUGAAAAAGACUGCUGUGUUAAUUAAUCUUGUAAGGUUUACUUGCGCUUGUACAGUCUUAAAGUUGCGCACACACCUACUGUUGGAGCACAUAGUUGUUGUUUUUUUGUUUUUUUUACAGACCAUUAAAAGCCAUAAAUUUCCGUAUCUCCGUUUUUUUUUUUUGCCUCAAGGCGUGAUUAUCGGGAGGUACUGCGCUUUUUCUGUUCCGUUUACGUCACAUUCCACCGAGUUCUGUUUACACGACGUUCCACUUUCCAGUAUUAACCACCGCCCGUCUUCACAUUAAGGGAAGGGAUUAAACAAACAAAACAAAAAACCAGUCCUGUUUUACUUGAACUUUCAGAGUUACAAAAUCAUUGAGAAACUCAAAUAGCAAGUAUACAAACACUGAAAAUCGCGUCAUAGUCAGUUUUUGUUUCUCACAGUGGAUUAUUUAAUUAGUUGUUUAAUAGGUAUACCGUCUUUCGAUGUAUCUGGCCUAUUCCAGAUGCUGUAGUUCUGUUUUUUUUUUUUAAUGCGUCUGCUUGACACUGUUUAUGGAAAAACUUGGACUGUGCGAACCGAUUGACGCAGAUUUUUCCAUCUAUUGAAAUGGCACUUAACGUCAUAACUCAAAUGUCAAAUGGAGUUGGUGCUGCCUGUGUUUUUUUAUAUUACAAGAUGCGUAAUACACCCAUUACCACCAACUAGUCAGAAUUAAAUAUUUUUUGUUCAUUUUUUCUAAAAAAAAAAAAAAAAAAUGCCAUGUUUGUUAAUGAAAUUUUAGGCUUGCCACAGCAGACAAAUAUAUUUUUUAAUGAAGACAAAUCCCUCUGGUUGUGACAUGCAAUCAAACUCUGGUGUGAACGAUCCCUUUAGAAGGACUGUCUGUGUUGAACAGAGGAGAGAAAUCCUUUAUAGAACUACCCGUUGUGCUACCAAGAUUUACUUUUUAAACCUGUGUAGGUACAUAGAACUGUGUAUUAAUAUUAUAUUAAAAAUAAAUUGUUUUCUUAAUGUG